CGCCUCUACACCCCUCUGUCAGGCAGGAUAAGAAACAGGGACAGUUAACACAGGGAAUAAAGUCCAAAAGACCAGCUUCGGAUGAGAACAAACUAGUUAAUUCGGCUAGUAUUGCUUCUCAACAGCCUAAGCGAAGGGCUGUUCUCAGGGAUGUCACCAAUGUGCUUUGUGAAGACACAUACAUGAAUUGCAUAAAUGGAAGCAAAUUUCAGGUUAAGAAAUUCACUGAUAAGAGGAAUUCGAAGGUGACACCUGCUAUUUUAGUGAAAAAACCACAGGUUGAAGAUAGAAAAGAGAGUAUGAUUGAUGAAGCAAAAAAAGUAAGGGUCGAGGAAUCACAAGAGCACUGUUCACAGGCACACCUCCAGGACCAUUCAUUAACUCAGCCAAGCGAAUAUAUCACUGCCGCUCAGUGUGGUUUAGCUGAUCUUAUGCUUGUGAAUAGGAGUUCAUGUCAUGGCAUUACACUCCUUAAUACAACACAAAAAGAUGAAAGCAAGGUUUGCCUGAAACAAGAAAGCUCCAAUUCUCUUGGUAUCACAGAUAUAGAUUCAAAACACUAGGAUCCACUAAUGUGUAGUCUGUAUGCUCCUGAUAUAUAUAGCAAUUUGCCUGCCAUGGAGCUUGACCGGCGGCCUUCCUUUAAUUAUAUGGAAAAGCUGCAGCGGGACAUUAACAAGGGUAUGCGAAGCAUUCUAAUUGAUUGGCUUGUGGAGGUUUCUGAAGAAUAUAGGAUGGUUCCAGACACUCUUUACCUGACUGUACAUCUCAUUGAUAGGUUCCUCUCUGAGAAUUACAUUAAAAAACAAAAGCUGCAACUGCUUGGAGUUACCUGCAUGCUUAUUGCUUCCAAGUAUGAAGAAAUUUGUGCACCUCAUGUGGAAGAAUUUUGCUUUACAACAGACAACACUUACGCGAAAGAAGAGGUAGUAAAAAUGGAAAGUCAAAGAGUUUUGAAUUUUGUGGGCUUUCCUGCUCCAACUACAAAAAAGUUCCUGAGGAGAUUUGUUCAAGCAGCACAGGCUUCUUAUGAGGUUCCCUCUGUUGAACUGGAAUUCAUGGCAAACUAUUUAGCAGAGCUAACACUGGCUGAAUAUGGUUUUCUUAAGUUUCUUCCAUCUGUUACGGCUGCAUCAUCUGUAUUUCUUGCCAGAUGGACACUUGAUCAAUCUAACCACCCAUGGAAUCCAAUUUCGCACUACACCAGAUAUAAGGUGUUAGAGCGGAAAACUACAGUUCUUUUGCUGCAAGAUUUUCAGAUGAACACCAGCGGAAGCACCCUGAGUGCCAUCCGUGAAAAAUAUAGACAGCCAAAGUUCAAGUCUGUGGCAACUUUAUCAUCUCCAAAACCAAUCCAAUCACUGUUCUAGGAAAUGCUGAUUUUAAGUCUGGUUGGCCGAUUCAUGUUCGGCAGAUCCAUUGUCGCUUUCACAUGCGGAAGGACGUUAAUCUUUAACCUACAAUAAUCUAUCCUUCCUCGAAAGGGACUCGAUUCUUUCGUUCAACCCUGUUUCAAAUUUUAACCACCAUGUAUUGUCCUAUCAUGUUUGGUCACUAGCAGACAGCAGGUGAUACAAAAACAUGGAGAUUUCGAUGAAGCAAAUGCCUUAAGUUUAGGAAAUGGCAAUAUGUAAGAAGUAACAUAACAGCACCUGGUUAGCUACUUGCUAUCGUGUAUUUAAAGCUGUUUGGAAACUCCUGUUGUUGAAUGCGAGAUCACUUCUGAAGGGCGGCGGAUAACAAAACUUGAUCAGAUAUUGCUCAACGGAAACAACAUUGCCAUCCUGGUUCCUGGUGGCUCACCACCUGAUGAGGGAUAACUGCUAUGCAACUUGUGCUGUUUACUGGGGCUAGUUGUUGACAGAUCGAGCUGUUUUCAAUAUGUAUUUUCAGUAACUCUGCUGUAAAAACUUACAAUGAAUCGGCAUUGGCAAGGUUUUAGUAAAUUAUGAGUUUGUUCAGCUAGGCUCUACCAUCAAUUAUAGUUUGCAUUAUGUUGAAAACGUUAUGCUGAUAUAUGUUACUUUUGACACUGGUGUUGCUAAGCUCUGUUGGCUUUAAACUGAGAAUGGAGUUUUGACAGAGUGGUAAAAAUUCAA